GAGAACCCCACAAAACUCACGCCACUCUCUCACUCUCCCACUCUCUCUUUCUCUAAAUAAAAAAUAAAAAAAUCUUAAUGAAAGCUUCUCCUUUUCAUUACUCUUUUUCUUAUUCAGACAAAAAAUGUUUUCUUAUUGUGAAAAAUCAUAAUAAAUUGGGUACAUUUUUUAUUUUCAUCGAAACAUUGAAGUUUCUAAAGAAUUAUUUUUUGUGUCUGAAUUUAGGAGUUUGUUGUUGUUCAUUCUGUGAUUUGUGCUCAAUCAUCUAAAUAUUUGUUUCUCUUAUCAUCGUAUAAAUUCCAGGGAUUAGAUUAUGUUAUUGUUGAGGCAAGAAAGUAUAAAAUUCGAUUAAUCCUCAGCCUUGUAAACAAUUUAAAAGCUUAUGGUGGCAUUGCUCAAUAUAUGAGGUGGGCGCAAGAAGUAGGUACAAACGUGUCUUCAUCAAGAGAUGCAUUCUUUACAAACCCAACGGUCAAAGCAUAUUACAAAUCUUUUGUCAAGGCUGUUGUCACAAGAAAAAACUCCAUAAUUGGAGUUAAAUAUUCAUAAGAACCACCCAUAUUUGCGUGGGAACUCAUAAAUAAGCCUCGUUGUGAGUCCAGUAAAUCAGCUUCUGCUCUCCAGGUUAGUUUUUGAAUUAUACGGUUUGCUAGUGAGAUUUGGCCUCUCAAUGACACUAGAAAAUCGGCGAUUUUGAAGCAAGGAAUAUAAAGCAUCUGGCAUAGAUUACUCACUAGCAAUCAUGUCACCCUGUAACUACAGUAACAUUUAUGACACUGUAGUUUGUAUGUCAAUAGACCUGGAACAGUACAUAUGUCAAUAGACCUGGAACAGUACAUAAAGCAGAGAUGUCUGAAUUUGUCAAAAGUUUGGAUCAGAAGCAUCUUGUGACUAAUGGACUCGAAGGCUUUUACGUUGUGGAAAAACUCGGAAACGUUGGAUUGAACCCAGGGAAAUGGGCAGCAUCACUUGGAGUGGACUUCAUUGAGAACUCUGCAAUUGACAACAUCGACUUUAAUUCCAUUCAUGCUUACCCCCACAUUUGGAUCAAAUAUAUAAAUUCAGAUACGAAAGUAGACUUUCCAUCUCGUUGGAUUGAUUCUCACAUUAGUGAAGCUGAAAAGAUCCUUAAGAAGUCGGUUUUUUCACAAAAGCUGGUUUCCCUUCGAGUAUACAGAAGAACGACAGAAAUAUUUUUCUGAAAAUAGUCUUUGACAAGAUUUACGGGUCAGCAAAGAAGAGGAAAACUGGUGCAGGAGCCUUAGUUUGGCAACUAUUGGUGGAAGGAAUGGAACGAUAUGAUGACAAGUUCUCGUUUAUAGCCUGAAACCAUCCCUCGACCUAUAAACUGAUGGUUCAACAAUCUUGCAGACUACUCAAUACAUCUACUUAAGGUCUCACACAAAAAAAACUCAAUUAAAAGCAUCCUUGUUUGGCUAAUACAUCUUAAAUAAGGUGAAACAAUGAAAUGUGCUUUGGCUGGACCAUCCUUCAUAUGUUAGCAACGAGCCAAACACGAGUUUGAAGUUCUGAAUAAGUGUAAGAACAAUUUUUUUUUUUCAAGUAUACAUGUGAAAUCAAAAUUGUGUUGGUGUGUAUUAUGAUCUCAGUUGUACAUAUAUACUACAAUAGCAAUAGCAAUAGCAAUGUGAGUGAUCAGUUCAUUUUCAAUGAAAUAAUCAGAUAUUUUUCAAAUUUCUUGUGAUUAUUUUUCUGGUUUAUCAAUCUUGUUAGUAUUACUUAGUUAUAUUAAUCCAGAUUCCAGUUUUCUUCUAUUCCAAACUGGUUGGAUAUCCUCACUAUUCCAUUUAUGCUUAACUCAUGUCAAUUACGCAUGAACUGAGUAUGAGAGAAAUACACAAGUUUUACACAAAGGCAAGUUGAUAAAAUAUCCAUUAUUCAUUAGCACAUAAACUAGAACAUAGAGUUACAACUUAUACCAGACAGUAUAAGGUUGGUAAUCAAUCCUAAACAAUGUAAAGCAUUAAACAUGCAGG